AUGGCACCUGGGUCCCGGCACAUCGAGCAGCAGUCGCACGCGCCGCUUCACGCGUUCUACGUCGUGGGGCGGUCGCUGCGCGUGCUGUCGGUAUUCGCGGCGUACCGCUUCCUGGUGGAGUCGGACGUGUCGGUGCUGCUCUUCGCCUUCUUCUCGCUCCUCGGCGCCGCCAUCCUCUUCUUCCUCCUCCAACGGCCCUGGAAAGGCAAACGACUCACCAACACCCAGUGGGGCAUCUCAGUGAUGAAUGGAGGCGUGUUGGCCCUCGCUGUUGUCACAUGGGCGUACGGUCUGAAGCAGUGUGGUCCUUUAAGGUCGGUAAUGGCGGAGUACUCGGGAGCGGUGGUUGCCACCAUAUCCACAAUGAUCUUCGGGCGGCGAGGUCACCGCGUGCUCAAGCUGUACGGCGCCAUUGCCAUGCUCGCUGCCUUCUAUCUCCUCGCCUCCGGAAUUCCGCUGGGCCCCACUCUUCCACCGGACUUCCCACCUCCCGCCAAUCCCGUCCCCUUGGGCCUAGACAGUACUGCCGCCGCCACUGCCACCGGCACAGCCGCCGACGGCACUGGCAGCAGCACAGGCAGCAGCAGCAAGGGGGGAGCAGCAGGGGCAGCGGGAGGUGGGGCGGCAGGAGGGGAGGGAGGUACGGGGUUGUUGGCGUGGCAGGUUGCGCGGAUGUCUGGGAGUGGGAUGGUGGAAGCAGGUGGGGGGAAUCCGUUGACUGCCAUGCUGCUGCCUGUGGCUGCUGGAGUGCUCUUUGCGCUGAGACGACUGCUUGCCCGGCUAGGAAAGUCGCAGCAGAAGAAGCGACUGCAUGCAGUCACGGCAGUGUCCUCUGUCUUCUUCCUCCUGCCCAUCGCCAUCUUCCAGCUCAGCGGGGGGGCACAAGCUCUGGACCUGGAGGCAGGGGGGCGGCCGCUGCAGGUGUAUGCGCUGGUGAUCCUGGCUGGGCUCGUGUUCUCCUUCUAUGUCGAUACACUGGCGGAAGACAAGCUGCGCAUCGGCCCGUCAUCACUGAAGCACCUGUUGGUGACGAGUGUGGCGGUGGUGGCGCUGCUACUCAUCUAUCGCAUGCACUUCUGCCCCCUCUCCUUCGUCCUCAUCGCCCUCCUCCUUGCCGCUGGCCUGCACUGGUCCACGGCCAUAGAGCGCAGCAAGUCAGCGGGGUCGCUGGCAGAGGAUGGGGUGGCGGCCAAGGAGAGGCGCAGAACGGCGGCCCUCGCCAUGCUGCAGGGAGCCAUGGACCACGUCAUGUCUGAUUCCAAGUCACGCCGUAUUGCGCUCUUUCUCCUCAUCAACGCAGCGUUUAUGAUCGUCGAGUUCUCCGUCGGCUUCCUCUCCAACAGUCUCGGGCUCAUAUCAGACGCCUGUCACAUGCUCUUCGACUGUGCUGCGCUCGCCAUCGGCCUAUAUGCCUCCUACAUCUCCCGCCUCGACUCCCCUUCUAAGUUUGCCUACGGCUAUGGUCGCUUUGAGGUGCUAUCGGGCUUUGUCAAUGCGGUCUUUCUCAUACUCAUCGCCGCACUCAUCGUCUUUGAGUCCAUUGAAAG